AUGUCACGCAAGGCUGUCGCUGUUUUGAAGGGUGCUGGUGAGACCACCGGUGUCGUCACCUUUACCCAGGAGAACCAGGAGGCUCCAGUUCUCGUCCAGUACAACAUCACCAACUUGCCCAAAGGCGACCACGGAUUCCACGUACAUCAGUUUGGUGACACCACCAACGGUUGUGUCUCUGCUGGUCCUCACUACAACCCAUUCGGCAAGGCCCACGGUGCCCCAACUGCUGAUAUCCGUCACGCUGGUGACUUGGGUAACAUCGUGUCUGGAGAUGACAACGUUGCCAACAGCACCCUCACCGACAAGAUCAUCACCCUCUUUGGUGAAAACUCCAUCGUUGGCAGAACCAUGAUCGUCCACGCUGACAAGGAUGACUUUGGUCUUGGUGGCUUUGAGGACUCUUUGACCACCGGUCACGCUGGUGCUCGUUUGGCCUGCGGUGUCAUCGGACUUGCUCAAUAA